AUGUCGUCCGUCAAGUUCCAGUCACCGUCUUACAAGCUAUUCGAGCCGGAGUAUCAUCCACAAAGGCCUAUUAUCGUUGGUUUGGACGACACGCUCGAGUCGCCAAACACGAUUGCGCUUCGCUUGGAGGAAGCGCGGCGAGGAUCCCUUGGUGAAGAUUCUUCUUCCAGACUCUUCGAGAUGGUGACAUACAGUAAGACGGCGCCCUUGCCGUCGAUGAAUGGCUACGAUCCUAUGAGGUUCCAUCAGAACACAUACGAGCAGUAUCAACCGCAAUCAUACCCGGCACCAGCGCAGAAUGACAAGUUCGCGCAGCUUAACCAGCAAGCCUUUGCAUCCAACAAUGCUGUGGCCCCGCCUGUGUCUCCAUACAUGCCUCCGGGCCCGUCGGUGGUUUCGUGCCAUCCCACCACCGGGACAGAGGGCACCAGGGUCUUCCUCAAGAUAUCGUCACACUAUGACAUUUACUCCAUCUCAGCGACGCCAUAUUUCCACCUCCAAUUUGGCAACGAAAAGUGUGCCCUGCGGGACGUGACCAACCACCCCCAGAGCGGCAAUGGCAGCUACGUAUACUCGUGCAACGUCGAGGCCCCUCAGUCCGUCGUCACGGGUUGUGAUGGCAGCAAUGUGCCACUGUCACUCGUAAUCGAGGCGGCUCCAGGCGAAGAGAUCUCGAGGACGGCUGCUGGGUCUUUUCAGUAUGCUCAGGGGCCAGGAGAUGACAUCACGCGGACUGACAAGCUGCCCAAGCUCGACCACGCACCACAUGCCCCUACCGCGGAUGACCAUGAGAGCGUGUCGCCCAACAUGGACCAGCCGCCUGCGUUAUCCUCUGUCGUGCCUACAAAUAACUACGAUGCGCCUCAAGAACAGUCUCAGUACUCUAGUGAGCCAUAUGCCCAAAACGCCGAAGACAUGAUUAGCACCUACAGGAGCUCGACAUAUGUCGAGCCCCCCUACAACCGUCGCUCUGCGCACGGAUGGACCAACUUUCCCGGGACGCUUGGAAGCUCAGGGCGCAGCCCUAUGCUCUCACACCACCAGAGCAUGACCGGGCGGCCGAGUCUGGCGCCUCUGACCAAUGGCAGUGGCCAACCGGAGCUGAUUCGCACCAGCACCAUCAAUCCCAACUCGACAGGCAACUCCUACAGUCAGAUGACGCCAGGUGCACCCAAGGCUGUCCUCAAGAUCAACGGCAACAUUAACUCGAUGGCUGAGAAUUGGACACCUGAAGAAUGGGGCAACCGACGUCGCAUCGUCAUGUUCCGCCGGAAACAAGUUGGCAACACGCUGAACACGACAUUCCAACCCGUCCCAGUCAACGAGCGCCCACAGAACAGCAUCUGCAUAUCCUGCAUCUACUGGGCUGAGAAAAAGGAAUGCUUUGUGACAUCUGUCGACACCAUCUACCUCCUUGAGCAGCUCCUCACCGGACCCAAGAAGUUCUCGGUGGAAGAGAAGAACAGGAUCCGACGUAACCUGGAAGGAUAUGCCCCCCACACAGUUUCCAAGGGCAAGGCGGAGAGCCAGGAGUUCUUCAAACUCAUCAUGGCCUUUGGCAACCCCAAGCCCCGCAACAUCGAGAAGGAUGUCAAGGUUUUCAACUGGAAGAACCUUGAGGCGUCGCUCAAGAAGAUUAUCGGCAAGUACAGCGCGAGACCCGCCGGUGGCGCCUCGCAACUGCCUUCAAGCAUGAUGGCGCCCACACCCUAUGCCACCCUACCGACGCCUCCUGGUCAGGCGCUCUCUCAUCAUGGGGAUCACCAGCAACAGCAACAGCAGCAACAGCCGCAGCAACAACACAGCCAGUACCCCUUGCACUCCAGUCAUCACGACCUUCCCUCGCCACGAUCACUCUCGGGGUCUGGGCCGUCUUGGGCUCCCUACACUGCCGCGCCCUCCUAUCAGCCCCCCCUGACAAGAACGCUCAGUCCUCAUCUGCGUCAACCGAGCCCCCAGCAACCGCCACACAUCCGGAUCAACACCAGCAACUCUCUACCCUCCGCGUCGACGUAUGACUCGAGGUCCAUCACAGCAGGUGGCUACGGGACGACCGGCCUGCACACCCCCAUCAGUCAACACCCGUCGAAUGCAACGCCGCCCAGAUGGGACCAGGCGCCCGCAAACUACGCCGAUGGGUACUCGGGCAUGGGACAAUCUCACCUCCAGCAUCCUCACCAUAGCCAGAACCACACCCACAACCACAUCCACCAUGCGCAGCAACAGGUUUAUGGCACUGGACCACCAGCUUACCCAGCCGAUGGACCGCCGCGCGCCUGA